CAAUACCCAUCAACCAAAAUAAAAAUGAUUCACAUUUUCUUAAUCCUUUGCUCUCUCUUCACCUUCUCCACUCAUGCUGCAGUCCAAGACUUUUGUGUCGCGGACCUGAAAGGCCCGGAAAGCCCUGCUGGUUACUCUUGCAUACCGGCCGCCAAAGUCAUAGUGGAUGACUUUGUGUCUACAAGCCUACGCGGUGCAGGGAACACUUCCAACAUCAUCAAAGCAGCUGUUUCUCCAGCAUUUGCUGCCCAAUUUCCUGGUGUGAAUGGCCUCGGUAUCUCCAUUGCAAGAUUGGACCUAUCCCCUGGUGGAGUGAUUCCAAUGCACACACAUCCAGGUGGUUCCGAGCUCUUGCUGGUGACACAAGGGUUUAUUAAGGCUGGUUUUAUCUCCUCAGCUAAUACAGUUUACGUGAAGACCUUAAAGAAGGGUGAUAUCAUGGUAUUCCCACAAGGGUUGUUGCAUUUCCAAGUGAAUGCUGGUGGGGUUACAGCAGUUGGAUUUGCGAGCUUCAGUAGCGCGUCACCAGGCCUACAAAUUACCGAUUUUGCAUUGUUUGCAAAUGACUUACCAUCAUCAUUGGUGGAGAUGACUACUUUCCUUGAUGAUGCUACAGUGAAGAAGCUCAAAUCUGUUCUUGGUGGAACUGGCUAGUCCUCCUAAUUUUCAUGUGCACACCAUUCUUUUGUGUUAUUACCAGUCUUUUCGUGUUUUAGAGUACUGUCGUCAUUAACCUGAUGAUGACAGCAUUCUACGUUUGUUUUGAACUUUAGGACAUCAGGCAAGGAUUCAUGCAAGUCAAACCCCAAGUAAUUGGGACUAUGUUGGUCUUAAGUGUUCUUUGCUAGUUUGAUGUUAUGCUGUUGUUUCAAUUCCAGUUUCCAAUUUGUUGAUACUGUUUUCUGGAUUGAUGUGAAAAGGGCCUUCUAA